CUCUCACUUUGUUGCAUCAUUAUAAUAUACGAAGAUCGUGCCGGGGAAGGGAGAGAGUUUAAAAGCUGCAGUGAGAAGUUGCCAUUCCCAGGGUUUUAGGGUUAGGGUUUUCUCAAAUUGCAAGAAGAUGGGUUUCAACAUUCAACCCUAUGGGAUUCAAUCCAUGCUCAAGGAAGGUCACAAACACCUUUCUGGUCUCGAUGAAGCGGUUCUCAAGAACAUCGACGCUUGCAAGCAACUUUCCACUAUCACCCGAACUUCUCUUGGUCCCAAUGGUAUGAAUAAGAUGGUUAUAAAUCAUUUGGACAAGCUUUUUGUCACAAAUGAUGCUGCUACUAUUGUGAGUGAACUUGAAGUUCAGCAUCCUGCUGCCAAGAUUUUGGUUUUGGCUGGGAAGGCUCAACAAGAGGAAAUUGGGGAUGGAGCUAAUUUAACUAUUUCGUUUGCCGGUGAGCUCCUCCAGGGUGCGGAGGAACUUAUCAGGAUGGGUUUGCAUCCUAGUGAGAUCAUCAGUGGAUAUACUAAAGCAAUCAAUAAGACUAUUCAAAUAUUGGAUGAACUGGUUGAGAAAGGUUCAGAAAAUAUGGAUGUCCGCGAAAAGGAGCAAGUUGUUUCUCGAAUGAAAGCAGCUGUUGCUAGCAAGCAAUUUGGUCAAGAAGAUACCAUAUGCUCGCUAGUUGCCGAUGCGUGCAUUCAAGUAUGUCCCAAAAACCCUGCCAACUUUAAUGUGGACAAUGUUCGUGUUGCAAAGAUCUUGGGAGGGGGCUUGCAUAACAGUAUAGUGGUUCGAGGAAUGGUUUUGAAAAAUGAUGCUGUUGGGACUAUAAAGCGAGCAGAAAAGGCAAAGGUUGCUGUGUUUGCUGGUGGUGUUGAUACGUCUGCAACUGAAACCAAAGGAACUGUCCUCAUACACACAGCCGAGCAGCUAGAAAAUUAUUCUAAAACUGAAGAGGCUAAAGUAGAGGAGCUCAUCAAAGCUGUAGCAGAUUCUGGCGCCAAAGUGAUUGUCAGUGGAGGAGCAGUAGGAGAGAUGGCAUUGCAUUUUUGUGAACGUUACAAGCUUAUGGUACUAAAGAUCAGUUCAAAGUUUGAACUACGUCGAUUUUGCCGGACAACUGGUUCUGUUGCUCUGCUAAAGCUUAGCCAGCCAAACCCAGAUGAUCUUGGAUAUGUUGAUUCUGUUUCAGUUGAGGAAAUUGGUGGUGUAAGGGUGACCAUUGUGAAAAAUGAAGAGGGUGGAAAUUCUGUCUCCACUGUUGUUUUACGAGGAAGUACUGAUAGUAUACUAGAUGAUCUUGAAAGAGCAGUUGAUGAUGGAGUGAACACUUACAAGGCCAUGUGUAGGGAUAGUCGUGUUGUAUCUGGAGCUGCAGCAACUGAAAUUGAGUUAGCUAAAAGGGUGAAAGAAUUUUCCUUCAAGGAGACAGGAUUGGAUCAGUAUGCUAUAGCAAAAUUUGCUGAAAGUUUUGAAAUGAUUCCUAGAACUUUGGCUGAGAAUGCUGGGCUAAAUGCAAUGGAGAUCAUAUCUUCUCUGUAUGCAGAACAUGCAUCUGGAAAUACUAAAGUUGGCAUUGAUUUGGAUGAAGGUGUUUGUAAGGAUGCCUCGACCAUGAGCAUUUGGGAUCUCCAUGUGACUAAGUUCUUUGCUCUAAAAUAUGCUGCAGAUGCUGCAUGCACUGUACUUCGAGUGGACCAGAUUAUUAUGGCAAAACCAGCUGGUGGUCCAAGGAGAGAGCAACCUGCUGGCAUGGAUGAAGACUAAAAUUGAGAUUCGAUUGUUGCUUUGGACAUGUUUGUAUCUCAACAAUCAACGUGUCGUCUUGAAACAUGGCAUAGUCACGUUGUUUUCUAUCAAAGUCUAAGUGGGAUCUUAACAAAUUUUGGACUUUGAUUUUCCAUCAAGACAGAGAUGUUUGUCUGUAAAUUUUAUUUAAUUUUAAUCUUAUGGUAAGAGUGGGGUUCAUUUACUGAGAGUAAUACCGCUUAUGGCCUUUAUUUGGGAUCGAUCGAUCGAACGGUAUCUAUAUAUAUACAUUUUUUUUUCUUUAUCUGUUCAAUACAUGAAUCUUGCUAUUAAUGUUUAUCUCCGUAUCCCUGUUGUAAAAAAGAAAUGCAAAUAUAAACUAAAAAUACAAUUUCUAU